AUGUUAAAAUUAAUCGCUAUAAUGUCUCAGCGAUUAUCAAACCUGACAAUCAAAGGAUUAAUAAGAGAUGAUUCCACUGACAGUUCCAUCGAUUCCGGCAAUUAUGACUGCAUCAGUGCUAUGGACGACACGCCUCGACUCGAACACUAUCUCAAGACAUUUGAUUUCAAUCACGUCGAGAGACCCAGUGUUCAGCAGUUGCAUCAAAAUCCCAACAUUUACUCUAUAAUUGAUUCAAUUAAUAUAGAAAUCAGUCCUAAAGUUGAAAAAACUGAAAGCUUUGUUGAAGUGGACGAGAAAGACAAAUAUGGAUACUUUACAAUGGUUUACAUCCCGCAGUUUAUGAAUCUCUUGGGCACCGCGUUUUUUAUUCAGUCCAGUAUUAUGGCCGCCCAAUCGGGUCUUAUCCUGUCUUUGAUUAUGAUCAUUGUUGGAUCAGUUAUACUUUGCGGUACCGUUCUGUCCAUAUCAACGCUGGUGACCAACGGUCACGUGGGUUUGGGCGGUCUUUAUUACUUAAUAUCCAGAAACUUAGGGCCAGAAAUCGGUACCGUUUUUGGGAUCGUAUACUUCCUAACGAACGCUAUUAUGGUUUCGUUGAGUAUAAGCGGGAAUUCAAUUGUUAUCGACAAUAUUUUACAGAAUUUAGACAUGCAAAUAGUGCCAAACGCCUCGAGUUUAAAUAAUCAACGAGUGAUCGGCGUAUUAACACUUAUAAUCGUCGCAAUCAUACCAUUCAUUAGUCUGGAUUUUGAAGCUAAAACGCAAUGGUUUCUGUUUGUGAUUGUAAUGAUAUCAAUGUUAGACUUUAUUGUCGGUGCGUUUCUGCCGUCAACUCCUUAUCAAAUGGUGAACGGAGUCGUCGGUUGGAAUGACACGUGUUUUAAGACCAAUCUAUUGCCGCAAUGGAGUGGACAGACAUUCUUCUCCGUAUUCUCAGUCUAUUUGUCCGGACUUUGCGGCGACUUUACGGGAGUCACUCUCGCAUCGAGUCUCAGAAAUCUUGCGAUACCCAAGGGAUCACUAUUGGGAAUAUUGACCACGCAAUCGGUUUAUGUUAUACAAAUGAUUUGGUUUACAUCGGGAACUAAUCGAUACGCCACCGGAAAUAUAGCCGAUUAUCAGUAUAAUAACUAUACGUGUACUUUGCAACAGAACUGUUCCAGUGGUUCCAGUAAUAACCCAUACACUAUGCAAGUGAUGUCAUCGCUCACCCAAAUAGGCGACAGAACCCAUUAUAUUGAGCCCCUAUACUCGGCCGGACUCUUAUCUCAAUCACUAUCCUCUGCGAUGAUUGCCUUCAUA